AUGCGUAUCACCGUCAGCGUCAUCCGCCCCGAGCAAGCGGACUCCGACAUCAUCAACCUAGAAGUAGGCGGCGAUAUGUCAAUCGAGCUCCUCAAAGCUAUUGUCGAAAGCGAAACUAGCAUCCCACCCGAAGCCCAACAGCUCGUCUACAACAACCAGCUCCUCCAGAACCCCUCCCAAACCCUAGACCAAGCCGGCAUCACCGAGGGCGAUAUGCUCGGUGUGCACGUCACCCUCCGAGCUCCCCAACCAGCCCCUCGCCCCGCCGCUUCCAGCUCCGUCGCGCCCAGGCAGAACGCUCAACCCCGCCCCGGCAUGCCGGACCCCGAAACUAUUCGUCUACACAUCCUGGGUGAUCCCCGCGUGCGCGAGGCUGUCCGCAGGCAGAACCCGGAGCUGUCUGAAGCCGCGGAUAAUGCUCAGCGCUUCCGUGAGGUCCUGCUUAGGCAGCAGCAGAGUGAGGCGCAGCGGGAGGCGGAAAAGGAAGCCCGCAUUGCGAUGCUCAAUGCCGAUCCUUUUAACCACGAUAACCAGAAGGAAAUCGAGGAGAUUAUUCGCCAGAAUGCUGUUACGGAAAAUCUACACAAUGCCAUGGAGCAUCAUCCUGAGUCCUUCGGUCGCGUGACAAUGCUCUACAUCCCCGUGGAAGUAAACGGCCACCGUCUCAAACGCCUUCGUCGACUCCGGCGCUCAGACCGUCGCUACGGCGGAAUCGCCAAGGGCGUCGGGACCGCCCCGAUCCUGGGCCGGGUUCACUCUGCCCAGAUCAAGAUCGGCGAGAUGUUCCUGCCCUGCUCCUUCACCGUCAUGGAAGGGAAGCAGAUCGACCUGCUCCUCGGUUUGGACAUGCUUCGCCGGCACCAGGCCUGCAUCGAUCUCCAGCGUGGUGCGCUUGUCAUUCAGGACCAGGCCGUCCCCUUCCUCGGUGAGGGUGAUAUCCCCAAGCACUUGACUGAAGAGUUCGAGGCGGAACCUACGGUCAAGGGUGCCGAUGGUGCCGAAGUGGGUGCCCGCACCGGCGCGGUCACGCAUAAAGCGGAGAACAAUCCUAAUGCCAAUGCCACCCCCAAUAAUGCAUCCGCCUCCGGGUCCGGCGCAUCAGGGUCACAGCCAAGAAUCAAUAUCCGACCUGCGCCUACUUCACGGUGGCCGCAGGACUCCAUCGCCAGGAUCACAGAGCUGGGAUUCUCGCGCGAGGAAGCCGUCCGGGCUCUGGAUAUGGCACAUGGAGACCUGGAGGGGGCGAUCGGGUUUUUGAUUUGA